AUGUCUUCCGCCACCCCUCUCCCCGCUUACACAUCUUACAAGCACAUACUUGUCAGCUCACCAGGACCUUUCGUCGCUCACGUUGAGAUCAACCGCCCGAAGAAGCUCAACGCGUUCUCGCAGGAGGUCUGGCUUGAGUUUGGGAAUGUCUUCAACCAGCUCAGUCAUGAUGAGGAUGUUCGCGCCGUAGUGCUCAGCGGUGCUGGCGAUCGAGCGUUUACCGCAGGUCUGGACGUGAAGGCUGCUUCUGGGGAUGGAAUUCUGUCUGGUUCUGACGCCGAUAUCGCGAAGAAGGCGAAGGUUUUGAGAAGUCACAUUGAGGAGUUCCAGGACUCCAUUGGUGCUAUGGAGAAGUGUGAAAAACCUGUCAUUUGCGUUCUUCAUGCUGUUUCUAUCGGUCUCGCCAUUGAUAUUGCCUGCUGCGCGGACAUCCGCAUCUGCGCAUCCAACACGCGCUUCGCUGUCAAAGAAGUUGAUAUUGGUAUGGCUGCCGAUAUUGGUACACUCUCCCGACUUCCUAAGCUUGUUGGCUCGACAUCGUGGGUCAAGGACGUGUGUCUCACAGCGCGGGACUUUUCUGCGCAGGAGGCGCUCUCGGUGGGCUUUGUGAGCCAGGUUCACGACAGCAAACAAGCCGCUGUGCACGCCGGCCUGGCGCUGGCGACAACACUUGCUGAGAAGAGCCCUGUUGCAGUGCAGGGAACAAAGGAGUUGAUCAACCAUGGGCGGGAUGUCAGCGUUGCGGAGAGCUUGAGGUAUACGAAGGUGUGGAAUGCGGCGGCCGUGCAGGGCAAGGACUUCGCGGAGGGUCUGAUGAGUGGGUUGAAGAAGACGAAGCCUAGAUUUGCGAAGCUGUAG